ACAUCAAAUCAAGCUGUCAUUCGUGGUUUAUUUUCGUCAUUUGUGAAGUGUAUUCAUUUCUUUAUUCUUAGGGUCUUACAAAAUUCUUUGUAUCCUUGAAACAUAUUACAUUAAUUUAAUCAAAAGAAACAAUUUUAACGAAAAUACAAACUUGAAUUUAAAGAAAAUUGUAAAAACAAAAAUCCUUUGUAUGAUUUCAAAGUUGAUUGUGUUAUUAUUUUUUACGUUUCUGGGACAAAGUCAAGAAUGUCUAGAUAGUAAAUGGCCUCUGCGUAUUGUGAUUAGACGUAGAAACGUAUUAUUGUGUUGAUAUUUAUAUUUUAUUAUGGCACAUUUUGGAAAACGCGAUGUUACCUACAGCGCUCUCAACAACGAAUUAACUCCGCCACUGGGUGGUCUGGCGGAGACCACGAAUGCAGCUCCAACUUUUAUAACACUGGACCACGAGCAUGAGGAUGCUAACAAUGUUAUCAUCCACAAAGUGCCCAAAAACAAAGGAGGAUGGACUCACAUAGAGGACCUAGACUCAUUUUUUACAAGAAUGUACAGAUACUAUGUUCGUGGUGGAUUUUAUCCGAUGAUAAUGUCCGACUUGUUUUAUUUGUUGCAAUUUAUUUUCAUAGUGUGGUUUUCCACAUUUUUGGUGUAUUGCGUAGAUUAUACAAAAUUAUUUAGGAAUGGCCCAGAUGCUAAUAGAAGUGACAAAAUUAGUUUAAAUGAUGUUAUUCUUCCACCAGCCGUAUGUGUGAAGAGUGUAGCCUGGAAAUGGUGGUGCCUCGUCACACUGUGUGCUGUUAUUUGGCUGAUGAGGCUAAUUAUAUCAAUAUACCAUUUAUAUUACGCAUAUGAUACCAAAUUAUUUUAUAAUAAUGCAUUAAAAAUAAAAGAGAGUGAUUUAGUUUGGAUCAACUGGUCCACAAUUCAAGACAGAGUGAGAGAAGCCCAGCCAGAACACCACAUGUGUGUCCACAAACAAGAGAUCAACGAACUAGAUAUUUAUCAUCGAAUACUCAGGUUUACAAAUUAUAUGGUGGCAAUGGUGAAUAAAAAUCUACUUCCUCUGCAAAUACAUGUGCCUUGUAUUGGUGAUUUUCACUAUUUAUCCCGAGGGUUGAAAUGGAAUAUCGAGUUUUUAUUAUUUUAUAGUCCGUGGAGUCCAUGGGAAAACUGUUGGCAACUCCGUGCAUGUUAUAAGGAUCACUCAAAACGAAUGUUACUAGCACGACAGCUUGAGAGACAAAUAUUAUGGUUGGCGAUAGUAAACUUACUGCUCGCGCCUCUUAUACAGGCGUGGCAAAUACUGUACUUCUUCUUCAAUUAUGCCGAGUUAAUAAAACGUUCGCCCGCGUCGCUUGGUCUCCGAACGUGGUCGUUGUACGCUCGCAUCACACUGCGUCACUUCAACGAGCUGGAACACGAACUACGCGACCGACUGAACAGAGCCCACAAACCAGCUACUAAAUACCUUGGGAGCUUCUCAUCGCCCAUCACCACUGUAAUAGCCAAGAACGUCGUAUUUCUAUCGGCGAGUAUCCUGGGCGUGCUAGUUGUGCUGUCGGUGUAUGAUGAAGAUGUACUGACAGUGGAACACGUGCUGAGUAUCAUCACCAUACUUGGCUGCGUUCUAGCUGCUGCCAGAGCUCUAAUUGGAGAGGAAGAACGGUUAGGUGGUGGGUGCACAGGUCCUGCUCGAGGUGAGGAACUGUUUGUCCAGGUCCUCGGUCACGUACACUAUCUGCCCGCCGCCUGGAGAGGACGCGCCCACACCAAGGACGUCGCCGCCCACUUCCAACAACUCUUCCAGUUUAGAGCCGUAUACAUCUUCUUCGAGCUGCUGAGUCCGUUACUAUGCCCCCUGAUACUGUUCUCGCUUCGUUCCCGAGCUCUGGACAUCGUGGACUUUUACCGCAAUUUCACUGUUAGCGUACUUGGCAUUGGCGAUGUUUGUUCAUUCGCACAGCUGGACAUUCGACGACACGGUCACCCAGAUUGGCAUACGCCCGGCAAAUUGAAAGGAGCCACAGCGAACACGCAAUACGAUCAGGGUGAAGGUGGCAAGACGGAGCUCUCACUAGUAGCAUUCUCCUGCCGCCACCCUGGAUGGCAACCCACCGAGCCAUCGCAGCGUCAGUUCCUCAGGUCUUUGCGUCAGAGCAUGCACCAUGCUAUACCUGCCAAUAAUCAUCUUAACAAAACGAUGCUGGGUUCGUACAUUCAACAGAGUUUAUUUGGUGCUAUCACACCGUUGCCAGCAGUGCUCUCUUAUUACCCACAGCAGAAGCAGCCGUAUAGAUUGCCAGACAUGGACGAGACUAGUGAUGAAGACGAUGCUCCCCCCUCUGGUCCGACUCGCUCGGCCCAGUCUAACACUCCCCUCGGCCUGGCGGGAGUCAGCUCGGUACUAAGUACAAGUGUUCUUAGCACUGAAGCACCAAGGCAGCCUGGAGACGACACCCAGGACAUGUCUGUUAGCACGCUACAUCUGUACGAUCUGCAUCUGACUCAGGCGGGUCAGAACGUGUCGUGUUGUACGAACAAAUGCAGCGAGCGACCGCGGACGGGCCGGUGGGACAGCGCGGAGGGCGAGGACACGCCGCUCCUCCACCGCCCAUAACACCGGUGCUCACUGUCUCCGCGUGGCGUCAAGUAUCCCGUCUGGGUAUAGACCACCCACGCUAUUUAGACAGUCGCUUCACAAACCUAUUCGUAAUUUUAACGCCUUUUUUCUACUACCAGUACCUCUAUCAUGACUUUAAAGCAAUAAUACUUGUCUUUGUGUAUGGUAAGUUCUACAGUGGAACUGUCUUAGUAAUAUUAUAAAUAAGAAUUUGAAUUGGUUUGGUUGUUACUCAAUCGCGUCAAAACGACUAAAGGGAUCGGAAUAAGAUUUUGAAAAGUGGUAUAUUAUAGUCUGGAGUCAAAUAUAGGCCGCCGAAGAUAAUCAAUAGAUUGCUAUACAAAAAAUUACCUCGUCUAUUAAUCUAACUAUUAACUAUUGCUUCAACUCAUGGUACAGGUACAGUUUGAUUUUGUUUGUUCGUACACAUGUCGUAGCGUAUGUCGUUUAAGCAUAUCGUUUACGCUUUGUCUAUUCACCCUACAAGCGUUUCAUAACAAGCUUCCGCUAUGCUUGUGUGCGAACAAAGAUUUUUAUACGGCAUUAUAUACAUGACAUAAUCUUGGCUUUUCUAAUAUGAUUGGACAUAAGACUUUUAAUAUUGCCAUAGUGUUCUUGUGCCUCAAAUUAUAUUAGUCAAAAGUAGUAUGUAUUGCGUACAAUGCCGUGUACUUUAAUCAUCAUUUUUAUUGUAUCAUUUAUUUGUAUUUAGGUAUAAGUACUUUACGUUUUGUGUCCAGUUUGUAUCGACUCAUUCUAAAAGCGUGUGGUCAGUCUGUACUGGGCGACUGACAUAGUUUAUAGUGUUUAUUAAUUUUGAGUAAAGUUGUCCAGAAUAUUUUAUUGUCCCUGACACUGAAAGCAAUACGCCCUUGAGUCACAACUUCGACUCACUUUGCUCAAAAUUAAGUGUCAGUGGGAGAGAGUACCACCGUGGGGCAUGUUGUCAUCGAUUUGUAUUUGAGGACACUUUAGGUAAUUAUUAGAUAUAGAACGCACAUUCUUUCGUCUCGUUUGAGACUCGUAUGCAUCUUUACAGCACGACAGGUCAGCGCUGGCUCGUCAUUUACGAAGUGCGACCUUGCGUCACUAUAUCUAGUACUGGACAGCGUAUAAUUUGUUCAUUAUGAUCAUUUAUAUUUCUUUUAGUUUGCAUGGGAACAAUGUGUUAGUUAUAUUUAGGUUAUUUACCAUACAAUUAGCGUGUGCUAAAAUUUUUGUUCAAGUUGAAUUGACUCCACUGUACGACACGAACACUACGCGUGUCUCCUCGCAUCGAACACGUUCGCUUCGUAAUACACACUUCACAUAUUGUUAGCUGUUAUAGUCAUAAAUAUAUCUAAAACUAAAAGCAAUAAAUAUUUAAGGUAAAUUCAUAGUUAUAUACAGUUGCUCCAGUGUAUCAUAUGGAAUAUUUUCUAUAGUUAAUAUUUUUAUAGUCAUAUCAUAGCCUUACAUAACCUAAAUAGUGCAAUAGUACAAUCGUUUUUUGAAAAAAGUUUAAAGUACCUGUCUUACGGAUCUCUAAGGAAUUGCGAAUGGGCAGGAGCUAAGAUGGCUUUCGUUCAAACAUAUAGUACUUAACUCGCUGGUCGAAAAAGCAAGCACGAUUACCGAACUGUCCUGAGGUCUACGAGUCAGGUACAGUACUUUUCGUUGCCUGAUUGCCAGUCGAAGAGAUUAUAUAUAAUAUGAUAAUUCCGCCUAACCCUUUGGGGAAUAACCGUGGCUUUAUACUCCAGAUUUGGUAUAUUUGUUAUAUAGCAAUAUAGUGACUGUUGACAAGUGAAGUGCUUCUCAUGCGUAGAGUAAAAAUGCGCGCAUUAAGUACCUGUCCGAAAACCGGCUUCUUACAACUGAAAUAUUAAUUCGUCUUCCUAACAAGGAGACAUUCAAAAUAAUAAUAUUUUAUAGCAAUUUAGAGUGCUUAUAUUAUAACUUUCGUCAGACAUACUAUACUUAUAU